GAGUCCGGGCGGCCCGGGCAGCGGCGGCGCCUCUGCAGAGCGGGUUUGGGGGAAGGUCUCUAUAGUAACAGCGGCGGCGGCUGCCGAGCGGCAGCUUUCCUCUGGGGAAGGGGGGAGACAGCCCCCGCCUCGGCUGCCAAAGGAUUGUUCUCUUCCUUUGCGCGUUUCGUGUGGUGGUUAUCCGCGCUGCCACCUCACCUCGUGUCGGAGGCGGGGAUGGGCAGGGCCCCAGCUCCUGAGAGCCCGGAGGACGAGGGGCCAAGUAAUAGUAACAGCGACAGUACCCAAUGACAAUACUAAUCAGCGCGGAAGGGGACGGCUGGGGUGGCUGCCGCUCCGGGGAGCCCCACGCGCAUUCCCGGGGCUCCCUGGCUGCCUCCCGCUCCAGCCGGGGCUCAGAGCUGCCCCGGGCGCUGUCCUGCUUCCCAGGCUCGUCCGCGUCGAUUUGAGCCGGGAACGUGCCUCUCUUGGCCUUCCCUCGUGGUGAGGACUUUCAUCUGCAGGUGGGCUUUUUAUAAGUAUUUGACUUGACUCAAAAUGUGCAUAGAGGAAUAAUGGAAGCGCCUGAAUACCUUGACUUGGAUGAGAUUGACUUCAGUGACGAUAUAUCCUACUCAGUCACGUCACUGAAGACCAUCCCGGAACUGUGCCGAAGAUGUGACUCACAGAGCGAAGACAGAUCAGUUUCGAGCUCCGGCUGGAAUUGCAGCGUGUCGGCCCUCAUUACAAACACACAGAAACCCACGGGAAUCGCCGACGUGUACAGUAAGUUCCGUCCCGUGAAGCGAGUUUCCCCGCUAAAGCACCAGCCAGAGACUCUGGAGAACAAUGAAAGCGAUGACCAGAAGAACCAGAAGGUGGAGUACCAGAAAGGGGGUGAUUCCGACCCAGGUCCCCAAACCGAAGAGCUCAGCCCUGGAGAUGGAGACAGCGGUCCCCAAAGUAAGAGCACCGAGCCCAGCACCUUGCUGGGGGAACUGGAGCACUAUGACCUUGAUAUGGAUGAGAUUCUGGAUGUGCCUUACAUUAAAUCCAGUCAACAGCUUGCCUCUUACACUAAGGUGACUCCAGAGAAGAGAAUUUUGGGUUUGUGCACCACCAUCAAUGGCCUUUCUGGCAAAGCCUGCUCUCCUGGCAGUGCUGAGAGUUCUCCAGCCAACACGACCCCGUUCUGUGUUCUUUCACCUGUGAAAAGCCCUCAGCUGAGAAAAACGUCGUCCGUCGCCCGCGACCAGCAAAAGCUCUCUGCUGAAGAGUCUGAGAACUCAACUGCACUGGUGAAGUGUGGCUCCGCCUACGAGCCCGAGAACCAGAAUAAGGACUUCCUCAACAAGACCUUUAAUGAUGCUCCGGGUCGAAAACGCGAGAAGGUAGUGCCAGACUGUCAGCUCAGGGCCUUCCAUCUGCAGUCCGCAGCCACGGAGCCCAAACUAGAAGAGCCCAUCGGGAGUGGGAACUGGACCAGCUCCCAGGGCCCAGAAGAAAGGAGUGAGCAUCUGAAAAAAGCGAAAAGCAUCUUGAACAUUGUUAAGGAAGGACAGAUCUCUCUCCUGCCACACCUCGCUGCCGACAACCUAGACAAAAUUCACGACGAAAAUGGCAAUAAUCUCUUACAUGUGGCCGCGUCGCAGGGACACGCCGAGUGUCUGCAGCACCUCACCUCUUUGAUGGGAGAAGACUGCCUCAGUGAGCGAAAUGCAGAGAAGCUGACUCCAGCAGGCCUGGCCAUCAAGAAUGGUCAGCUGGAGUGUGUCCGUUGGAUGGUGAGUGAAACAGAAGCCAUUGCAGAGCUGAGUUGUUCGAAGGAUUUCCCAAGCCUUAUUCAUUAUGCGGGUUGCUUUGGCCAGGAAAAAAUUCUUCUUUGGCUUCUUCAGUUUAUGCAAGAACAGGGCAUCUCCCUGGAUGAAGUGGACCAAGAUGGUAACAGCGCCGUCCACGUAGCCUCCCAGCAUGGCUUCCUUGGGUGCAUCCAGACAUUGGUUGAAUAUGGAGCAAAUGUCACCAUGCAGAACCACGCAGGGGAAAAGCCGUCCCAGAGUGCCGAGCGCCAUGGGCACACGCUGUGCUCCCGAUACCUGGUGGUGGUGGAGACCUGCAUGUCGCUGGCGUCUCAGGUGGUGAAGCUAACCAAACAGCUGAAGGAACAGACAAUGGAACGCGUCACAUUGCAAAACCAGCUCCAGCAACUUCUAGAAGCCCAGAAAUCAGAGUCACUCCUUUCUUCACCCAGUUCACCAUCCUCCCCGGCUUCCAGAAGGUCCCAGUGGAAAUCUCCAGAUGCAGAUGAUGAGUCUGUAGCCAAAAGCAAACCUGGAGUCCAAGAGGGGAUUCAGGUCCUCGGAAGCCUGUCAGCAUCCAGCCGGGCCAGGGUCAAAGCAAAAGACGAAGAUUCUGACAAAAUCCUACGCCAGUUACUGGGAAAGGAUAUCUCAGAGAGCGUCUGCACCCAGGAAAAGCUGUCCUUGGAAUUCCAAGAUUCCCAGGCUUCCUCUAGAAACUCCAAGAAGAUCCCUGUGGAGAAGAGGGAACUGAAGUUAGCUCGGCUGAGGCAGCUGAUGCAGCGGUCCCUGAGUGAGUCCGACACCGAUUCCAAUACCUCUGAGGACCCCAAGAGCACACCUGUAAGGAAGGCGGACAGGCCCCGGCCGCAGCCCAUCGUGGGAGGUAUGGAGAGUGUGGACAGCGCAGAAAGCUUACACCUGAUGAUAAAGAAACACACCUUGACAUCAGGACGUAGGUUUCCUUUUGGCAUCAAGGCCUCCAAAUCUCUGGAUGGCCAUAGCCCAUCCCCCACCUCAGAGAGCAGCGAACCUGACUUGGAAUCCCAAUGUCCCGGCUCAGGGACCACUCCCCCAAGCCAGCCAUCUGGAGACCCCACUCAGCCUAGCCCUGACAGCACUGUUGCCCAGAAAAUGGCUAUGAGCCCCAAGAGUGCCCUCAAGUCUCCAUCUUCCAAGCGCCGGACCUCCCAGAACUUGAAACUCAGAGUUACCUUUGAGGAGCCUGUGGUACAGAUGGAACAAAGUAGCCUUGAGCUAAAUGGAGAAAAGGAGAGAGAUAAAGGCAGGACCCUCCAGAGGGCCUCCAUGAGUAGUGAAUCGGGGGACCAACUGAAAAGGCCUUUUGGAACCUUCCGGUCUAUCAUGGAGACACUCAGCGGCAACCAAAACAAUAAUAAUAACUACCAGGCAGCCAACCAGCUGAAGACGUCCACACUGCCCUUAACCUCACUUGGCAGGAAGACAACAGAUGCCAAGGGAAAUCCCGUGAACUCUGCUAGCAAAGGAAAGAAUAAGGCGGAGAUGUACGGCAGCUGCAUCACCCUUUCUUCUAACACGCUGACCGAAGAGCCUCAGCAUAACCGCGCACGGCAUAAUGACAUCAAUAGAAAAAUGAAGAAAUCCUACAGCAUAAAGCACAAUGCUGAGCCAGAGUCAAAAGAACUCUUCUUGUAAAUCGUUUUUUUCUUCUCUCUCAUUGCUGCCCUUUGGACACUAUUGGAAAUUUCUGGACUAUCCACUGUGGAAAUAGAAUCAUGAGAAAAAUGCCUCACCAGCAGAAGAACAAUAUCAGGAUGCCUUAAAUUUAUAGUGGUAGACUAUAUAAUGCACAUUUUGGGGUGAUAUUUGUAUAUAUAACUUGUUUCUCAAGAGAUGCCAUUUAAAAGCAUGAUUGGGCCAAUGUAUGUUUUUUAAGAUUGGAUUGGUACGUCCACCAAGCCACUGGCCCCAUCUUGUCUUUCAUCAGUUGCAUGAGUGUUUGCUAAUGUUGACUGAACUUUCCUAGUAAAAUGGGCAGUUUGGGCUCAGCUCCUCAGUGAGACCAGGUCAGUGGUAUUGUUUUCUGUCAAGGGUGGUUUUUUUUUUUUUUUUUUCUGUCAUUUCUACUUUUUGUAUAAAGGAAAUAAAACAAUGUUAACAGCA